AUGUGCGAGCGGGCGGCGCGCCUGUGCAGGGCCGGCGCGCACAGGCUGCUCCGGGAGCCGCCGCCGCAGGGCCGGGCGCUGGGCGGGCUGCUGCGCUGGGUGGGCGCCAGGAUGGGCGAGCCCCGGGCGCCGCUGGCCCCCGCCGUCCCCGCCGCGGACCCCGGCCCCAGCCCGGGCCCCGCCUCGCCGCGCGGGGGCACCGCGGUCAUCCUGGACAUUUUCCGCCGUGCGGACAAAAAUGAUGACGGGAAGUUAUCCUUGGAGGAAUUCCAGCUCUUCUUUGCAGAUGGCGUCCUCAACGAGAAAGAACUAGAGGGUCUCUUCCACACCAUCGACUCUGACAAUACCAACCAUGUGGACACCAAGGAGCUGUGUGAUUACUUUGUGGACCACAUGGGGGACUACGAGGACGUCCUGGCCUCCCUGGAGACCUUGAAUCACUCUGUCCUGAAGGCCAUGGGCUACACCAAGAAGGUGUAUGAGGGUGGGAGCAACGUGGACCAGUUUGUGACACGCUUCCUCCUGAAGGAGACGGCCAAUCAGAUCCAGUCCCUGCUGAGCUCGGUGGAGAGUGCGGUGGAGGCCAUCGAAGAGCAGACCAGCCAGAUCCGGUGCGUUGAUGGGACCUUGUGGAGGCCUGUGGGAGUGGCCGUGUGUGUGCUGACCUGCUGCUUGGUGGGGACGUUCGUGUGCUUGAGGGCUGGGUGACCUUGGGCAAGCUGCAGCUCCUCUCUAUGCCUCCGCUUCCCCAACUCUUUUUUUUUGUUUGUUUUUUGUUGCGAUACGCAGUCCUCUCACUGCCGCGGCCUCUCCCGUUGCGGAGCGCAGGCUCGGGACGCGCAGGCUCAGCGGCCAUGGCUCACGGGCCCAGCCGCUCUGCGGCAUGUGGGAUCUUCCCGGACCGGGGCACGAGCCCGUGUCCCCUGCAUCGGCAG